AACUUGAUGAAUCAAUUAGAAAGAAGGAUAAAUUAGGUCGUGCUGUCAAGAAACAACAAAAAUCACCUUCUUGUAGAAAUAUGCCAUUAUCUACUUACCUUCUUAAACCAUUCCAACGUCUUCUCAAAUAUCCUCUUCUUAUAACAAAUUUACUUAAAUGUACUGAUAAAGAAGGUUUUGAUUAUGAAAAUACUGUUUCUCUUAAAACAAAAUUAGAUAAUGUACUUUGUGAUGUUGAAGAACAAAAACGUGAACACGAUAACAUGCAACGUCUUAGAGAACUUGAAACUAGAAUUGAUGGUCUUGGUCAUUAUCGUUUGGCUGUAAAUAAUCGUCAACUUCUUAAAGAGAGUCCUGCUUGUCAAAAUUCUUUAUCUCUUAAGAAACAACCAUCUCUUCGUAAAACUUUGACUGUUACUUCUGCUCCUGCUCCUUCUUCAAAACGUCAUUCAGUACGAAAUCUUUAUACUAUUGAAUGUAAUGAUAUUGUACUUUUGGCUGAACGAACUGGAGUCACUAAUGAAGGUCAACCUACUUAUAAGUUGGUAUCUCGUCCUCCACCAACUCCAUUAGAUGACGAACCUGUUAUGAUUCAUAGGGCUGAUGAUUCAGACUCUG